AUGAAGUGUUUCAAGGAAUUCUUCGAGUCAAUCAACCCAAAGAGCGACUUCAACAAUGACGGUGAUGCACUGGAGACGUACCUGUACGAGAAAUCACUGAAAGUGCAGCCAAAGGAAGGCGAUAAAGUGCCAGAUGUGAAACCAAAACGAGCUCUACACGUGCUGAAAUCGCCAGGAAUCAAACCACCAAAGACGAAUCAUUAUUCGACCAGCCAUCACCAUGCUGCCACUAGCUACAGCACUCAAUCGUCAACAGCACCGAGUACGCCAAAAGCUGAUGGAGAGGGGCCGCGACCCCCAGUCUCGACGCCUCCUGACGCUGACGACGCGCAUUUCUCUUUGGUCGAUAUCACUCCUGGUCAGCAUCCGAAAUUCAUUGGAGAUGUGCCAAGACGAACGCACAAAAUAGGCCAGUUACAACCACCUCCGUUAGUUCCACGUAAAGCGCAAAGAUCCGCCACGACCACAACGGUGCUGCCGGCUGCUGUGUCAACCACACCUUCUACGGCACCACCGCUUCAUCCUCGAAGGCCACCACCGGUGAACUCGUCCCCUUCAAAUCGAUCGCCUCAGACACCUGGUCGUCUAUCUGCAGGUUGGCCGCGACCCCCAGUCUCGACGCCUCCUGACGCUGACGACGCGCAUUUCUCUUUGGUCGAUAUCACUCCUGGUCAGCAUCCGAAAUUCAUUGGAGAUGUGCCAAGACGAACGCACAAAAUAGACCACACACCGUCCGCCUUCGUGUUUCCGUCUGUGGACGCGCAACAUUCGCCACCGCCUGCACUUCCUCCACGCUUGUCGGCGACUACUACACCUGCCGCCAUGUCAAAUAAUGAGCAACUUCGAGUUGUGCUUGAUAGACCGUCCAGCGAGUCUAAUUCACCAACAGUUCGUUUAUCCGUGCCAUUACCGCCAGCAUUACCGCCUCGUCGUGGUACUGCAGCUCAGCAAACUCCGCCUCCUUUGCCGCCGAAAACGCGUAUGACCAGCAGCCCGUCAUUACAACGUGCGACUGUGCCACCUUCAUCACCGGACACACCGCCACCGUUGCCGCCGAAGACGUACAAGACACGAAAACCGAACGACAGUCCGACGACGUCACCUCAAUGA